GGGCCGGGCUGCGCAGGACCCAGCUCCUCCCCCGUGCUAUUUAUUCCUCCCCGGAGCUCCGCGGCCGAGGCUGAACCACCCCGAACUGGGCAGGCGGCGGGCUGCUGGACGCCAUGGCCAGGCUCCUCGUCUCCUGCUGCCUGGUGGCCCUGCUCCUCGGCGCCUGGACCGACGUCGCCUUCUCCAAGAAGAGCAAAGGCAAACCCAGCGGAGGCGGCUGGGGCACAGGGAGCCACCGCCAGCCCAGCUACCCCCGCCAGCCCGGCUACCCCCAAAAUCCCAGCUACCCCCACAACCCGGGCUACCCCCACAACCCAAGCUACCCCCACAAUCCUGGCUACCCCCACAACCCGGGGUACCCCCACAACCCUGGCUACCCCCACAACCCGGGGUGGGGACAGGGUUACAACCCAUCCAGCGGAGGAACCUACCACAACCAAAAGCCCUGGAAACCCCCCAAAUCCAAGACCAAUUUCAAGCACAUGGCCGGGGCGGCGGCGGCCGGUGCCGUGGUGGGAGGUUUGGGGGGCUACGCCGUAGGACGCGUCAUGUCAGGGAUGCACUAUCGCUUCGACAGCCCCGACGAGUACCGCUGGUGGAACGAAAAUUCGGCGCGUUACCCCAACCAGGUUUACUACCGGGAUUACAGCAGCCCCGUCUCGCAGGACACCUUUGUCGCCGACUGCUUUAACAUCACGGUGACCGAAUACAACAUCGGGCCUGCUGCCAAGAAAAACGCCUCGGAGUCUGCUCCGGCGGUGAACCAAACGGAGACGGAGCUGGAGACCAAGGUGGUGACGAAGGUGAUCCGGGAGAUGUGUGUCCAGCAGUACCGUGAGUACCGCCUGGCCUCCGGCAUCCGGCUGCAUCUCGCUGACGCCUCCCUGGCCGCCCUCCUCCUCCUCACCCUCUUCAUCAUGCACUGAUGUGGCCCUGGAUCCCACAGCUUCAAGAUAUCCCCAUGGGGACUCCCCAAAACCCCCCCGUUCUUGCUUACGGUCGUCUUUGGUGAAGAGCCCUUGGGGCGCACGGGCACUGACGCUCCCCAUCACCUCCCCGGAGGCUCCAGUUUAGGCAACUGGAUGAAAAUUUCCUUCUCCACCCCAAACGCAUCCCUGGCGUGGCAGGACAGUGAUGGAGCUGGAUGCUCAAAAAAUUGGCCUUCACCAUGUCCUCCUCCUCGGGGCUGCCCCGAGAGGGACGGGGCAGAGAGGAGCUCACCCGGUCCUUGGUAUCCCUGCAAGAACGUUUCUGAAAAUCCUCUUUGCUAACAGGAAGGGUUUUACCUAAUCUCCUUAGUCCCACCGCCACCAACACCCCUUCCCACUGGGCACGCUGCGGCGUUGCACCCGAGCACCCGUUGACCCCACAGGGGUUUGGGGAGGGUCAGAUAUGGGUUCCUCAAGCCACAAGCUGUCAGGUUGCAAUUUUAACCCUUUAAUCUUAAAAAAAAAAACCCACCCUUCCUGGUGUACAUAUGGAUCUCCCCGCUCCGCACCUUGCAUGCUGCAAAUACCUCCUGCAGCAACACACAAAAAUAAAGAGAUUUCCCCCGCCGCAGCAAGGCUGAAGCCCUGGCCGGGUUUCAGUUGACCCCCGCGCCACUUUGCUUUCGGUUGAGCCUAGCUGUCUUUCUUGGCCUGUCUAAAGGGAAAAACUGCUGCUGAAUGCCCCCCAAACCCCCAAAGCAGUAACGCUUGCUGUGUUACAGCCUGAGAAAAAGCUAUUUUGGAUGGGCUAUAGGUGACAAGUCACGCUCACACUUCAGCGCCACGACCUAAGGGAUGUUAAAAUACAGCAAAAAAAAAAAAAAGGAUGCUCGGAGGGGUCAAACACGUAGCAAGAGACUUAAAUCCGCUGAGCCGCACGGUUAUAGCAAACAGCAUCAGGAAAACCAAGCCUGAGGGAUGGGAGAUGCUUAAAAAAAAACCCCACCUUUUGCAAGUAAUUUGUGGAAGCGGCGGGUGAAAUUCUUGCUUCUUGUGUUUGGGUCGAUGCUGGGUUGUGUAUAACCUGUAGCAGCCGUAAAGUUGCGCUUGUCGAACUGGUCACCCUGAGUUAUAUUUAAUAUCUCUCGUGGUUUUUUUGGUUUUCUUUUUUUUUGCAAGGCACUGAAUAACACCGUCCUAAACGAUUUUUUUGCAUCGGUGUAAGCUAAGUGAAGAUAUAUAGAUAUAUAUAUAGAUAUAUA